AUGGAGACCCUGGAGACCCUUCUCCUGCUCAGCGCCCUGCUCCUGUCACCUGCAGAGGCUCAACAGGCCUUGCAGUAUCGCCUGAAGCCCUGGCUGGUGGGCCUGGCUGCCGUCGUGGGAUUCCUGUUUAUCGUCUUCAUCCUCAUGCUGGUCAACCACGUCUGGUGCUCCAGUAUGAGAGCUGAGGACGAGGAGUCCGCAUUCAAAAUGGAGUCCAACCCGUAUCAGGACGUGGCCCUGAGUGAAGAAGGCAAGAGGGAGAGGAAAGGGGAGAUAAAGGACAAGAAGGGCAAGAAGGCUGAGAAAGAAGGAGAGAGAAACUUGGGGCUGGAGCUGGAGGAGAAAGAGGAGUCCAGAGGUGAUGGGAAAGUCACGAACACAGCCAUGUGA